AUGCAGCUCGCCCUUCAGCUCACGCUCUCCGCCCUCGCGCUGAGCGUGCUCGCGUGCCCCGGCGAAGACCACGCGCAUGCGCAUGCCGACCAUGUACACGCAAAGCGACUGUAUCCGCAGGUACCACUGACACCACCGAGCAGGCCAUUAGUGUGGAGCGAUUUCAACAUCAUCCAUACCACUGACAGCCAUGGGUGGCUGCUCGGGCACCAGCACCUCUCAUUCCCCGAACCCAACUACAGCGGGGACUUUGGGGACUUUGCGUCAUUCGUCACGCACAUGAAGCAGAUCGCCCUGGAUAAAGACGUCGAUCUCCUCCUCGUUGAUACCGGAGAUCUGCAUGACGGAACGGGCCUUUCGGACGGUUAUCCGCCGGGCCAGGUCGAUGGCCACGAGACGAACAAUUUCAUCAUGGACCUCCCGUACGACGUCCUCGCCAUCGGAAACCACGAGCUGUACGAAUACGCGGACGCGUACGACACGUACAAGAACUUCGCGCCGCACUGGAACGGGCGAUACCUGUCGUCGAACGUCAACAUCACCGUGUACGACGACGACGGCAAGGUGAUCGACGUCCCCGUCGGCAGCCGCUACACCAAGUUCACCACGCGCAAGGGCCGCAAGAUCACGUCGCUCGGCGUGCUGUACGACUUCACGGGCAACUCGGAGAACACGACUGUGCAGACGGUCGCGGAGAUGGUCAAGGAGCACUGGUUUAAAGAGGCGAUCGCGGAAGAGCCUGACGUGUUUGUCCUUCUGGGACACAUGCCUGUACGGUACGACCACUGGCCUGCUGUCUACGAUGCCGUGCGUGCGGUGCACCCGUACACGCCUAUUCUGAUCCUGGGUGGACACACACACAUCCGCGACUGCAUCCAGUUCGACGGACGCUCGAUGGCACUGGAGAGCGGGCGCUACAUGGAGACUGUCGGUGCGAAUCUGGAUGUGUCGGAGCACGAGAACAUCACGUUCACGCGGCGCUACCUGGAUGCCAACCGGGUGACGUACGAGUACCAUACCGGUAUAAGCAACCAGACGUACGACACGACACAGGGUCAGAACAUCACGCGCGGGCUUGAGGAGCUCGCAGUCGCGUACGACCUGAGCUACUUGUAUGGGAAUGCACCGCAGGACUACACCCUUUCCAGGUAUGCCACACACUCCUCAAGAGCCCGCAUGCAGGUCCUCCCAUACUCGCUGAGCAUCAAUAACACGCGGGCGGGGGUGCCGAACAUCAUCAUCGUCAACUCGGGCGAGCUGCGCUUCGACAUCCUCGCGGGCGCGUUCACGAAGAACGACGAGCUGACGGCGCUGCCCUUCCUCGACGCGUUUCUCUACAUCCCGAACAUCACGCUGGGCGUCGCGUCGGAGGUGCUCCCUGCGCUGAACAAGGCGGGCGCGGACGAGAAGAAGCGGGACCUGUCCGCCGUAGAGCGCGACGCGGAGCGGUAUGCGCAAGGUGAUGUCGGCAUGCGCUAUAACGCGUGGCUGGAGGAGAUGAGUGCCCGCGGGGCGGAGAUGCUCCAAAGGCGCGCUGAGAGCAAGAACCUGACGCUCGGAUACGUCACGUCGGACCUUUGCCCUGGCGUUGGCGACGACACGCCGCACAUUGCUCUGCCCUACUACUCCAGCCCAGACUUCAUCGGUUCGAACGUACCAACCGUGUCGAACGACACGCAGAUCGAUCUCGUCUUCAUCAACUUCAUCGAGGACCAGCUGCUGGAGAUCCUGAACGAGGUGCAGAGUGACAAGACCUAUACGGAUGACGACGUCCUGUCGUACUCGCCCCUGCUCGCGAAUGUGGUUCUUGGAUACUACGCCCAGAAGUACUGGAACUAA